AUGCUAGGCGAGUACGGAACCACCUUAAACAUCAAAUCCAGAGUCAACCGCCAAUCAGUCCUCGGAGCCAUCACUUCCGCGCAGCAGAGACUCAAACUCUACAACAAAGUCCCACCAAACGGUCUCGUCCUCUACACUGGAACCAUUGUUACAGACGAUGGUAAAGAGAAGAAAUUCCACACGGAAGCUUUAAACGAGCUGCUCGAGUCUGAUGAUAAGUUUGGUUUCAUUGUCAUGGACGGUAACGGAACCCUCUUUGGGACGUUGAGUGGUAACACAAGAGAGGUACUUCAUAAAUUCUCAGUUGAUCUUCCGAAGAAGCACGGGAGAGGAGGGCAGUCUGCCCUCCGUUUCGCCCGGCUCCAUAUGGAGAAGCGUCAUAACUACGUGAGGAAAACGGCCGAGUUAGCCACGCAGUAUUAUAUCAACCCCGUGACGAGCCAGCCUAAUGUCUCUGGUUUGAUACUCGCCGGUUCGGCGGAUUUCAAGACGGAGUUGAGCCAGUCUGAUAUGUUUGAUCCGCACCUCGGCGCGAAGAUACUCAACGGAGGGGAGAAUGGAUUCAACCAGGCGAUUGAGCUGUCGUCGGAGAUUCUCGCGAAUGUUAAGUUUAUUCAGGAGAAGCGGUUGAUAGGGAAGUAUUUUGAGGAGAUAAGUCAGGAUACGGGGAAAUAUGUCUUUGGCGUGGAGGACACGUUAAACGCUUUGGAUUCGGGUGCUGUUGAGACUUUGAUUGUGUGGGAGAAUCUUGACAUCAACAGGUAUGUUUUAAAGAACAGUGCGAGUGGUGAAACUGUGGUGAAGCAUUUGAAUAAGGAGCAGGAAGGGGACAGUGAGAAUUAUAAAGUGGAGAAUAGUGAUCUUGAUGUGGAGGAUAAGAUGUCUUUGUUGGAGUGGUUGGCGAAUGAGUAUAGACGUUUUGGUUGUGCGUUGGAGUUUGUGACUAAUAAGUCUCAAGAAGGGUCUCAGUUUUGUAGAGGGUUUGGUGGGAUUGGUGGGAUACUUCGUUAUCAGCUUGACAUGACUGCUUUUGAUGAGGAUUUGGAUGUUUACGAUGAGGGUGAUGAAUCUAGCAAUCAAUUGAAUCCUCACUGGUUCAGGAAGAUGGCUUGAAUGAGCUUGCGCGGGCUAUCGAGGUCACGCUGAAGGUCACUGGAAACUAAGUGAAGAAAGCAUCUUCUUGAAAGGUAAUAAAGGAUAUCUAUUGAAGCAUGGUUUUGUUUUUGUUUUGUGGGAUAUUUGGCUUAAUCUUUAAAAAGAAAGUGGUGGAGAAUGAAGAAGUCUUGAUAUGAUAUGAUUGACCUUUGUUAUUCUAUCUAUGGAGUUUUUCUUUUGGUUUGUUGGUUUUUCU